AUGCCUGCUUUGUACUUGGCUCGGUCAUCCUGCCCGACCAAUGCUCGCACUUUGACGACCAGGCCCAACCGGUCUCCACGGACCUCCUUUGAUAGCCUCUGACCAGCCUGGUUUACUCUAGUAUACCUAGGGCCAUAUGGUGCAACAAGAUCGCGUCGCUCUCCGUUAAGCUGACAUGCGCUCACCAUGUCGUCGCCCAACGCAGACCAUGUUCAACACGCCGGCUUUCACACAACCUCUCCUAAUGUUCCACAAUCUUUUUUGGCAUCAAACUCUCGAAUUGCAUUAGGUAUAGUAUAGCAGUUGCCUCAUCGGUUCAGCAUGAGUUCCACAUGUGUACAAGAACCACGCCUGGACCUCCCUCAACAGCAGGCAUUCGAGCUUUAAUAAGGUGAAUUGCGAAAUGCGAUGACCGCGGGGCCUACCGGGGCUGUCUGACCGCCCGGGGAAGCGCAGGGGCGGGGUCGGGUAUCUGGGUACGUGUGCGAGGACAGUCGAGUUCGAACGGUGAGGAUCCUAUAGUUUGAAUGAAUAAAUUAGCUAUUGUGUUCGUAGUAGGCAAGCUCGUCGUGAGCUCAAGUCUGGUUACGCAUGGUCCAAUCGCAUUUGGGUCGCCCAACCUUGGGACCUGAUUCUGAGCACGGAGACUGCAAUUUAUCACUGCAUUCACCUAAGUGGUCUGAAAUAGAUGCGCACACGGCUGGCGCCCUAGGUUUGCGACUCUCCAUACAGCAAGCAACACGGUGACGGCGGACGGAGGACAUGGAGGACGAGAGCAACAAGCCGUCUACUUCGGGAUCGGGGUCGGGACCGUCGCUGCCUGAACGGCCAAAGGGCGGUCUCGGGGCGCUCCCACCUCGGGGGAUGGGUGGUGGUUUGCCCCCAAAGCGGAGCGAGGUUGCCGAAUCGCAGCCGGCUUCCUCGGCCUCCUCCUCAGCUGCAGCUCCCGCGCCCGCAGCAGAGACAGCGGGACCUAAACUACCCCCUCGCCCGGCCGGGCUGGGUCUUGGGGGAGCCGGGCUACUGCCGUCGCGUGGCGCAGCCGCGGCUCCCUCCGCUGGCAGCGCCACAGGUACGCCCGCGGCCGCGGCCAGCAGCAGCCUGCAGCAGCAGCAGCAGCAGCCGGCGCCUCCCGCGACGCAACCCGCAGCCCAUGCAGCCCCUGCAGCCCCAGCAGGGCUCGGAGGCGCGGGCCUGAAGCCCAUGCUCCCACCUCGUCCUGCUGCGGCUGCGGGCGCUGGCGCCGCAGGUGCCGCGGCUGCCAAGCCCACGCCUGCACCCGCGCCGGCUGCUGCCCCCGUCCCCGCGGCGGCACCUCCCCCUCGCCCGGCCAUGCCGAACCCGGCUGCGGGCAUGUCCCUCCCGCCUCGUCCAGUCGUCGCCGCGGCGCCGCCCGUGCUGGCCGCCGCCGGCUCGGAUGCGGUGGUGGACCCCAGUGAGGAUCGGCGUGUGCAGCGCGUGCAGCGCAUCGCGCACGACACCCGCGUGCGCCUCAUCCGCGCCGCAUCGCGCCUGGGGCUCGCGCCGCGCACCGACCAGGUGGCGCAGUUCCUGCAGGCCAUCGAGCGCUCGGAGCGCAUGGUGGGCGCGCAGCACUACAAGGGCAGCCGCCGCGUGGACCUGCUGGCGGCGGCGGAGCGCGAGGCGCGGCUGGCAGAGGAGCGCGAGGGCGCGGCGGCGGAGGCGGUGGCGGGCCUGCGCGUGAAGAUCCUGGUGCUGGGCAUGACAGGCACGGGCAAGACCGAGCUGAUCAACUCGCUGCUCAACCGGCCCGCGGGCAGCCGCACCAACGCCUUCCGCGAGGCCACCCGCCGCGUGCGGGUGGUGCGCGGCGACCACAACGGCAUCCCACUCACCUUCAUUGACACGCCCGGCCUGCACGCCUCCGCGUCGCGCACGGCCGACAACCGCGCCAUCCUGCGCGCCGUGCGGGCGGCCUACCGCUGGCACAAGCCCGACUACGUGUUCUACGUGGACCGCCUGGACGCGACGCGCCCUGGCUUUGGCGAGAUGGGUCUGCUGGGCCUGAUCACGGAGUCGCUGGGCGCCGGCGUGUGGCGCAACACCAUGGCCGUGCUCACGCACGCGCACGCCGCGCGCACCGCCUUUGGCGGGCAGUACGACGUCAACAGCCGCCAGCGCCGCAACAUCGUGUCGCAGCUGCUGCGCCAGGCCGCCGGCGACCAGCAGUCGCGCAACCCGGUGUUUCUGGCAGACUGCCACCCUGCCUGCCCCACCAACUCGCUGGGGCAGCCGGUGAUCCUGGAGGGGCCCACCGCCGUGCCCUGGAAGCAGCAGCUGCUGGUGCAGCUGGUGGGCUACAAGAGCUACAACGUGGCCACCAGUGCCUUCAAGGACCUGGCCAAGGCCAAGGCCGGCAAGGCGGCGGCGGGGGCGGCUGGCGGCGCGCGCGGCCCGCAGGACAUCUUCAAGCAGAUGAUGCGCAGCCGUCUGCCACCCAUGACCUUCUUCGUGGAGCAGAUGAGCGAGGGCGUGCUCAAGCCCGAGGGCUGGGCCACCAUGGAGACGGUGGCGGGUCUGGGCGAGGAGGUGACGGAGGACGAGGGCGCCGAGAGCUUCAACCACGUCUAUUACCGCCAGAUGUACGAGCUGGCUGUGGCGGGCGACCCCUGGGCGCAGCGCGAGUACGCCGCCAUGCUGCGCGCGUACGACAAGGGCUGCGAGUCGUACCGCGCCAGCUACGAGGAGGCAGACGUGGACGCCAACGUCGAGUACGGCGUGGAGUCGUACGUGGUUGACCCCAUCGACUUCGGACCCUCCUUUGACCCCGAGGAUAUGUACAGCCACCGCCACGCCUACGCCGAGGCCGCGGACGCCGGCGUCACCGUUAUCCCCUCGCAGGACUACUACGGCCCCGAGCACGACGACCCGCUCAAUGGCAUCGUGUUCCAGUACGAGGCCCAGCCCUUCUCGCGCCACGGCUGGGGCGGCGUGCCCUUUGACCUGACCGUGUGCUGCGAGAAGGACAAGACCAGCCUGUGCCUGCAGGGCGAGACGCACGUGAGCCUGGUGCACAGCGUGCCGCCCUUUGGCCCGCGCCACAUCACCCAGGUGACGGGCAGCUGGGAGGUGCUGCGGCCCAACAUCAAGGACGUCAUGUACCAGCUGGAGGUGGACACGUUCAAGGACGGGCUGCUGGGCAAGAGCGACCACGCCGGCUGCGGCCUCAUGCUGGCACGGCUGGGCGAGGGCGGCGACCCGCGCAAGGGCCCCACGGCCGUGGGCGUGCGGCUGCAGGACACGCUGCGGGUCGGGCCCUUCAAGCUGGAGGCCUGCGCAAGCAAGGUGGCGGUGCAGGGCCCCACCGGCGGCAAGGAGGAGGGCUGGGGCGCCCGCGCCUUUGUGGGCUACGACUGGCUACCGGGCCUGGGCAUGGCGUUCGACUUCAUCCAGGAGCGCACGCCGGAGGAGGGCGGCAAGCGCCUGCGCGGCUAUGGCGCCAACUUCACCUACGACUGGGAGGCGCUGGGCGCCGCCUUCGGCAUGGAGGUAGACUACGUGGCCGCCAGCGAGAGCGUGUUCGUGUCCGUCAACGCCUUCAGCGGCAACGACUACCGCCUGGGCUGGCUGCUGCUGCUGCCCGCAGUCAACUACUUCAAGGAGACGGUGUCGUCGCUGUGGGCGCGCCUGCGCGGCGCGGGCGGCGGCGAGGGCGAGGAGGGCGAGGAGCUGGAGGAGGAGGGCGAGGGCGAGGAGGGCGACGACGAGGAGGCGAUGAUGAUGAUGGCGCAGGAGGGCGACCUGUAGAGCGACCGGGGGUUAGGCGGAAGGAGGAAAGAAGAGGGCAGUCGUAGGCAGGAACGUGUGAGGCAGGACGGGAAGCGGGCGCGUGGCUUCCUGCCUGGUUGCAAUGGCUGUAGCGUCAUUGGCCUUGCACGUGGUUUUCGGGUGUCGCGAGGGUGUUGGGGGCGUAGGCGCAACGGCAUAGUUUACGAAAAGCGUGUGCUAAUUGGCGGGGUGGGGUGGGAUGUGAUGUACGGGAGCAAUGCUGGUCUGGUAAGGUCUGCUCAGUGUGGCCCUUGGUCUCGGCCGGUGGGUGCGAGGCAAGAAGCGGGGCGCGUGACACAACCGGCACGGCGAUACAUGAUUCCGAGCGCGAACAGGGCCAAUGCGUUUGGCGGCUAAACAGUAGCCACUUUGUGUGUGUGCGAAGGGAAGUCAGAGGGAGGCGCGGGUGCAGAUGGAAGUACCGGCCGUCGACGCGUGUCACACGUCACGGCCCUGAAUCAUCAACAAACAAAACUGCACUUUAAUCCUCC